UGGAUCUGGUGAAAACAAGGUUGCGUUGCGUAGACUCAUCCAACACGGAGAUCGAAAACUCAGCAGAGCGCAGAAGUGGAGACAAGUGCAGAUCAACCUGUCGUGCGAAGCGAUGUACUGAACAGUUCAUGGUUUAUGCCUGACUUGCAGCAGGGAGUCACAGAUGUAAUCAUCAUAUGUUUCACUUUUUGGUCAAAUAUGAUCCUUUGAAGAAAACUAUCAUCAUGCAGUGGUAGCCAAGCCAACAGCUAUUUAGUCUCAGGAAAACACACUAUUCAUGUUGAAACUUAGCCAAGUUCGACUGUUGCUGGCGCGGAUAUUUUUCUCCACACGCAGUUGAAAUAGCUUAAUCAUUGUCCGGGCCAUGUUAGGUCACUAUGCCUUGCAAAGCAAAGCACAAAGGCAAAACAAGCACUGGUCUGUGUAAAAUUGGCCUCUGUAUGUGCUUCGUCAAAGACACGUUGUUUUACACUAACGAAGGUCUCUGUUAAUAUUAAUGAUAAAUAACUGAAUCUAUUUAUUUGUCGCCACUUUAGGUGUAUAGGGAUUUAACAACAAUGAAAGAGAUUUUGUGAACUCUGUAUCUUAGAAGUAUCUAGUAGGUGUCGUUAUAAACUCGCAACAACUAGUCUUUUGAGCUGCACUGAUCCACUGGCCAUCUUAAUAACUUAAUGCAUCUGUAAUCCAAACCUUGAGAUGUGUAUUCACAUGUGGGGGAAAAAAUGCUGAAGUGGGUGAGCAGUCAUUUGCUUGUCAGAGGAGACAGCCAUUUGCAUCUCUAUAGCUUGUGAGUGUUGUAGAAGAUAAAAAGACAUUUUUAAAAAUGUGGUGACGUCUAAAUGAGCUGUCCAUUCUUUUUUCAAACUGAAGCUAAUUCCUAUUCUCAGGGGGUCUUAAAGUUCAAGGUUUUGGUGUUAAGAAUAAAAGGGUUUUGAGAAUUAAAAAAAUACAUUGGCCUUAUUGAUUUCAUCUGAAGAGCUUCACCAAACCCUUCCACAAUGACCGAAUCUAGUUCAGAAAAAGUUUUAGGGGAUGCCCUGAGUGUAGGUAAAGAAGACCAGCCGGUGAAGUCCGAAGUUUCCAGUGUUGUGGUGGGUCAGAAUCAGAAAGACUUGAAAGUUGGGGACACAGAAGAAGCAAACCAAAGAGGACAGGAUGUGUACCCCCUGGAUGAAGACCCGCCUUCAGUGGAAACCCCACCAGUGCGCUCUGGAGACCUCUUGGAUCUGGACGCAAAACCAACAGAGCGUGCUACUGCCCCUGCUCCACUGGAGAACGGCCAGGCGGAUGAUGGCCUGUUGAACGUGACGCACGAGCAGCAGGUGGCCGGGGAGAGUUCAGAGGUCAUCGUUGGCCAGAGUGAUGAACAGAGCCAGUCCGGCGACACUGCCUCCUUCUCCAUACCCAGUCUGGACUUCUCAGAGGGCAACAACGGCGUGUCCGUGUCCGUGGACGAGCCGCCGUCUUCGUCCUACUCGGCCCUGGGAGCGGACGCUGGGUCUCUGAGUGUGGAGGCUGCGUGCCUGGCUGAGGAGGCUUUGCCACCUGGGCCCUCCGGAGCAGCGGCGGCAGCGGCCACGGCUGGUGGGGUUUCCACUGAGACAGAGGUGCCGGCCAUGCCGGCGUACUACUUUGUGAAGUGGAUCACCUGGAAGGAGAAGAAGACGCCCAUCAUCACGCAGAGCGAGAACGGACCCUGCCCCCUACUGGCCAUAAUGAACAUCCUGUUCCUGCGCUGGAAGGCCAAGCUCCCCCCGCAGACUGAAGUCAUCACCACAGAAGACCUGAUGGCUCAUCUGGGAGAAUGUGUGCUGUCAAUUAAACCAAGGGAGACAGCUGAGGGCAUGGAACUGAACUUCCAACAGAAUAUGAGUGAUGCCAUGGCGGUGUUGCCCAAGUUGUCCACAGGACUGGAUGUGAACGUGCGGUUCACAGGGGUGUGUGACUUUGAGUACACACCUGAGUGCAUCGUCUUUGACCUGCUGGACAUUCCCCUGUACCACGGCUGGCUGGUUGAUCCCCAGAGUCUCGAGAUGGUGUCGGCUGUGGGUAAGCUCAGCUAUAACCAGCUGGUGGAGAAGAUCAUCAACUACAAACACUCCUCGGACAGCAGCCAAGUCAGUGAAGGGUUGGUGGCAGAGCAGUUCCUGGAGUCCACGGCGACUCAGCUGUCCUAUCAUGGCCUGUGUGAGCUCAACACCACGGCCACAGAGGGCGAGCUGUCCGUCUUCUUCAGGAACAACCACUUCAGCACAAUGAUCAAGCACAAGGGGCAUCUGUACCUGUUGGUGACGGACCAGGGCUUCCUGCAGGAGGAGAGUGUGGUGUGGGAGAGCCUGCACAACGUGGAGGGCGAUGGGAACUUCUGCGACUCGGACUUCCGCCUGUGCCACCCUCCGCAGCGUGGCGCGGCUUCACCCACUGCUGCCGCCCCCACCCCUCAGCAGCAACAGCAGCAGAUCGAUCAGGACUACCUGGUGGCCAUGUCGUUGCAGCAGCAGCAGGGUGUGGCCCCGGGGCCCCUGAGUGACCUGGAGUUGGCCAGGCAGCUCCAGCAGGAGGAGUAUCAGCAGCAGCAGCAGCAGCAACAGCAACAGCAGCAGCAACAGCAGCUGUCCACAGCGUCCUCAGCACAACAGGGGAGAGGCCAAGCCACAGCCCAGCCAACCCGUCGGCGGGACAAGAAAGACGACUCAGACUGUAUCUUAUUAUAGGGACCUUGUUGCCAUUCACGACACCUCACCUGUGCCCUCCAAAUGCUUGUCUGCUUUUGUGGGCUAAGCCAAGGACUUUGCAAGUGCUCUCUCUCUCUCUCUCUCUCUCUCUCACACACACACCCCCCCCCCCCCCCCCACACACACACACACACACACACACACACACACACUUAUGCAUACUUGUAUUCGUAUACUCAGGAGAACCCAUCUCCUCUGAGCGGUCAUCUUAAUGCCAAACCCAGCACCAUCCUACCAGCUAUGCCAUAAUCCUUAUCCACAAUGCCAACACACAGCACCCUCUGCUCACAUCCUUGCCGUCUCACUCCGCACCACCAGGGCGCAUCAGAGAACGCCCCAAACAUUGUAACAUGGAAAUAAAAAAGGAAGUGAAGUAGCACCUCUCAAAAUGUGAGGCUCGUUCAGCAAAGUGACUAACUGCCAUAAGCUGCUGCUAUUGAGUCGUUACACUGCCUGCAUCUCUCUCACCCUGGCCUGAAUGGAGCACUCAGGUGUCCAUUUAAAGCCUUUUGAUUGGUCCAUCUAGAAUGGAAUGGCCUGUCUAAUUUAGUGGUGGUCAUUGAAAGGGUCAGCAGUGUAGCGAGCCUGUGCCUGAAGGGAAGCUGUAGUAAAUUUGAGAGAACCUCUGAUUUAGACAUAAUUUGUGUCGUGUUUUUGGCUGGAGGUAAUUAAUGGGAAAAGUGACAAAACGGUAUAUUUUUAUUAUAAGGUUUACCUCAAGUAAUAACAUAGGAGAGAUAAAGAAUGCUUUAAAAGAUUUAGUAGAGAUCCUAAAACACCAUUCUCUUAAUGAAGAGGACAAACCACAUCCUCAAAAUGAUCACUAGCCUCACCCCUCUCCAUGAUCAGUUUUUCCCAUAAUCCACCUGUGUUCCCCAAUACUUGGAAAUCUCUAUUUUUAGUAUUUAGGGACAUUGCCACGGUCAGUGCUGAAGUGGGUGAAGGUAUGGCGAUCUGUGUUGAAAAGAGCUCGUCCAGUCUCCUGGAAGGUGUGUACCAUUUAGGCUUCCAUAGUUGAAGGUCCGACGACUGCAGCUGGGGCCUGGUUCUCUUUUAUGUGCACUCUUGGCGUGCUACUUGCUUCUUUUGUGAACAAUUUUUGUCAACCAAAUGGAUGUCAAAACACCGGUACCAAUAAUGUGGUUAUGUGUUUUGUUGUUUUACGAAUCUCUAAAAUUUAUUUUUGCUUUCGUUUUUAUUUAAAUUUAGAUAUUUUUCUUUCUUUUGGUGUUUCAACAGCAUAUGUAGUGAAGAAUGUUGGUAAACAGAAUACAAAAUUAUGCAGCUGUCACAAACAGGGGAGGCGGGGCCAUAACACUACAGAGAGACAGGGGAGGAAGUAGUCCGCUGGACAGAUGCACGUCGUUGGAGAUGCAGAUCGUUUUGGGUGACUUCAGGACCGUGUCAUUUUAGGCCUGUCUCAACUUGUUACUAUGUCUUAAUCAUUGUCUCACUCUAUUUAAUUUGUCACGUCCCUCCCAGUAAAGACAAUUUAAAAAAAUAAAAUAAUGAAAACA